AUGUCUCCAAUUCAUCUGCCCCAGGCUCACCUCCAAAGGGCUACCUCUGUAUUCAGAGCCUUCCAGCUUUGGUUUCUUGGGUAUCCGCGGAUUUUGGAAUCCUUGCAGAAGAGCACCAGCUCAAAAAUCAGACCGGAAAUAAAACUCAUCAUCGAAGAUUGUCAAGUACUACGAGAAGAGGAUUACCAUAUAGGGAGAGUGGUUUUGGCAAGAAACCGAACCCUUCGCGAUAUCACAAUGGGAUUGAUAAACUCCCUCGAUGACGGCGACAUUCUCAUCCUAUCGCUCCUAGCUUGGUACUUCCGUUCGCCGAAAGAUAUCCCCUCUCGCUACCUGCUCAAAUUUGCUGCGCAGCCAUUUCCAAUGAUAUAUGACAUUAUUCCAGAGCUCUAUCGGCGCUAUAUAAAAGAGAGUCGGCUGAUCUCGCGGAAGGUGUUUCGGAAAUCCGUCCUGAGAGUCUUGGGUUUCGUCCAGGACUGCGGUAUCAAACGACUUUAUACCUAUUAA